AAACAUAGCGAAAUGUUAUACAUUAUCUUAAAUCUAAAGAGAAGUGCAAAGGAUUGACAUCAUUAAAUAUGAAGAUCUUUUACUUAUUUGUUUGUUCAAUAGGACUUCUAGUGUAUAGGCAGGCAGUGUUCGCAAACCAUCAGGAGCCCGUAUGUUUUUCUCGGUUUGACUAUGACCAUAAAAUGUUACAGAAAAUGAUUACGUUGGAAAUGGAACAGAAAAAUAUCAAAAAGUUGAUAGAAGACAUGAAGAACAUGCAAUCGGAACAUACAAAGGAAAGAAAUAAAGACAGGACAGUAUUGAAUACCAUUGAAGGAAAAGUCCUUACUAUUGAAGGCAUGAAUACACUUGCUGGAACAGGAAAUACGUAUGUAAGAUGGGGAAGAACACGGUGUCCAGAAAAUGGUACAGAGUUGGUUUACAAAGGUUACGCUGGUGGUUCCUACUAUAGUAAUAAAGGAGCUUCCGCCAACUUUUUAUGUCUACCGGAAAAACCGUUGUGGAAUGUAUAUGAGGACGCUGAACAGACUGCCGGCACUGUCUGGGGAGCGGAAUAUGAAUUGUAUGGUAGAAAUAUGAACAAUUUCUUUGAGGAAACAUUGCUCCAACAAGAUGUUCCAUGCUGUGUAUGCCGGACGAAGAGGGCAAGUGUUUUGUUUGUCCCCGGUCGUAAUCAAUGCUAUGAUGGAUGGACAUUAGAAUACGAAGGUUACCUAUCGAGUGGUCAUUACAGUCACGAAGCAUCAUCUGAAUUCGUUUGUCUCGAUGUUGAGCCAGAAAUAAUUGACGGCGGCAGUGCUAGCGAAGAUGGAAAACUGUUCUAUUUUGUAGAAGCACGUUGUGGAUCCCUACGAUGUCCACCAUAUGUAAAUGGACGCGAACUUACAUGCGCUGUUUGUUCAAAAUAACUUAUGUGCCCUUACACAGGUUAAAUGAAAUGAAUGAGCGUUUCCUAUACUUUUUGGUAACGAAGCUUUCUUUUAAAUUUAUUUAACUAUUCACGUUCAGUUUGUGAUAUCUGUAACAAUGUUUUUAAGUACUGCGAUAUACUUUAAUCAAUUCAAAUUUUGCAAAUCUGCGAGGUAACUAAUACACCACAUAAAGAUGAAUUUUCAGUUGAAUAUACUAAUGUUUUACGAUCAUAUAUUCAAUGCACGAAUACUUGUUGAUUUAAUGAACAAUUCUGUCAUUUUUGAGCUUCAGCAAAAACAAAUGUGUCUCUUUGUAUAUGAUUAUGCAAUAAAUAGGUGU